AGAUGAAGACGGAUUACAUUUGGAGUCUUUGGAGUUGGUGAUUGUAACAAUAUAAUCAUUCAGCGCCCAUGAAUCUUAUUGAAAACAACAACAUGCACUGUAAGUAAAUAAAUACAAGAGAAUUUAGAUUGUAAAUCAAUUAAAAAAACGUUAUUUGGUACAUUACUGUAUACAUGUAUUAGAUAAAGCUGCUUUAAAAGACGUAUUGAUAUUUGCUGACAAUCGUUCACUCUUCUGGAUCUGACGUCAUAAACCACUACAGUGAUAGUGGCCACGCCCACCAGAGCAGAGAGGACCAAUCGGGGGACCACGUCUCGUUCACCAGUAAGACAGCAUGACAGUACAACAACACGUGACAUCACAAUAUGAAUGAAUGUAAACAAGUUUUUGUUUGAACAUGUUUCCAUCGUUGAAGCAUGAGCAGGGUGUGUGGAGUCUUGAGGAAGGUACGACGACUUACUGCAUAUGUAUACUGCAUUCAGACCGAAGGUUGUCCUGAUACUGCAAUUAAUAAUAUCGAUCGGGUCAUAUGUAAGACUAAUGUUCAACGUGUCGCCGGUUGUGUUGAUACAUGUUUAACCUUUAAACUGAAAACGUUGAGGGCUUCGAUUUUGCAGAAAUCUGAUCAAGCUGAAAGGUGGUUUAAACUGGUCGCACGACUCGAGCUACUUUCACUUUCAUAAAUGCCUCGCACAAGAACACUACACGUUUUACAACUGCUGGACAAUAUGGAUUUCUUUCUUGCCUUGUUCUGCUUUAUCUCAUUCUGUAUGAAUGGAGUGAACCACAGAGAAAACAUGAGGACGGUAUCAAAUACGCGAGACGUCAUCAUCCUUCACACAGAUGAUGCUGAAACAGAGCGUGAUCACGUAUUGUGGAUGGUUGGAGCUCAAAACAUUCACUCUCCUGAAGGCUAUGAACGGAUCAUUUCUGAGUUUGACAGUUAUAGCGGAUUAAAAAAUAUCACAAAUCAUACUAGACACCAUAUGGUAUGGAGCUUCAGCGACAGUGGCUGUGGCGAACAACCACAAAUGCUAAACAUCCAAUCCAGAUCAUCAUGUCACCAAAGUACAAAAGCUGAUAAGGAUAUUACGGUGAUGGAGGGGGAAGCUGUCACUUUACUCACUGAUGUUGCUGAACUACAGGAAAAUGCCGUAAUACUGUGGUUGUAUCACGAUCACGAUAUAGAAAUUGCUCAAGUCACUAAACAGAAUCUGACUAUACUGGAUACAAAACUUAAACCCAGACUGGAUUUAAGUCACACUGGAUCUCUCACCAUUAAAAACACGAGAACUACAGACUCUGGGGAUUAUCAGUGUACUACCUACAAAGGAGAAGAUGCCGUAAAGAAGUGUUUUCAUGUUACGGUCUAUGAGUCUUUACCUGUUCCUGUCAUUACCGGAGACUCUUCACAAAACUCAUCUUCCAGCUCAAAUUGUUCUGUGUUGUGUUCAGUGAUGAAUGUGACACAUGUGAGUCUCUCCUGGUACAAAGGAAAGAGUUUAUUGUCCAGCAUCAGUGUGUCUGAUCUCAACAUCAGACUCUCUCUACCUCUGGAGGUGGAAUAUCAGGAUACAAACACAUACAGAUGUGUCGUCAACAAUCCCAUCUCAAACCACACUCAACAUCUCAACAUCACUGAGAUCUGUCAGCCGUAUUCAGGUUUAAGUCAAUCUGCAGACAGCCGUUCAUACUACGGUACCAUCGCAGUAGUAGUAGUAGUAGCAGUGGUUGUUGUCAUAUACCAUCUAGUCAAAUCCUGUCGGAAGUCUAGACAAGCGGGACAAGAUGUGAUCUGACAGGGAUGAGGUUUGAAAUUUAGGUUACAGGUCACCCAGCACAGCCCGCGGCACAAUUUCUGCCUUUUUAGAUUUGUCUUAUUUAAAAUAAACUUUUGUCACAAACACAGUCUGCUUUCACUUAUUGCCUCAUAAAAAAAGCAAAAUGAAGGAAUGUAAAAAUGAGUCAUUUUUUGUUAAUUCAUUUACCAUUUAUACAUUUUUGUGCAAAAUGCAGUACGGCAAAUAAGCAAGCCCCUUAAGCAUUUCCAGGUGAAAACAGCAGGAGAUUGUUUUAAUUUAUUCAUAAGAACAUGUACAGUAACCUCCAUGUUUUUAAGCAGUCAUUGCAUGCAAAGGAUGUAUACAAAAUGUGAUUUCUGCAUUUCUUAGUAUUCUUAAAAAGAACAUGCA